AUGGAAGAAGUUCAAGAUAACUUGACAUUAUGGGAGAUCAAAGGCGAAGAUCAGCUUGAUAGCGCAGAAAUUUUAAGGUCGGAGUCUGCCUUGAGUAUGUCCUCACUCUCAAGUCUGGCCUCAUCGUCCUCAAAUAGACCCAAGACCUACUAUUGCGAGUAUGAUGGGUGUGAUAAAGUUUUCAACAGACCGUCAUUAUUGACUGAACAUCAACAAGCAUUUCAUCAAGGCAUUAGGCCUUUCAAAUGUGAACAAUGUUCGCGAACGUUUGUUAAGAAGAGCCAUCUCGAAAGGCAUUUGUUCACACAUAGCUCAGAAAAGCCUUUUCAUUGCUCAUACUGCGGAAAAGGUGUCACAACCAAACAGCAGCUGAAAAGGCAUGAAGUCACUCAUACCAAAUCAUUUGUGUGUGAUUAUGAAGGCUGUGGCCAGAGCUUUUAUAAGCAUCCGCAGCUGCGAUCUCAUAUUCUUUCGGUACACCUGCAGAAACUUACGUGCAAGCAUUGUGGCCGAAAGUUUCAACGACCUUACCGAUUAGAAAACCACAUCGCUAAGCAUCAUAAUCCGGAUGUUGUCAAUAAGUAUCAGUGUUCAUACAUUUCUUGUUCCAAAGCGUUCAAAACUUGGACUGCCCUGCAGCAACAUAUUAAGGAAGAUCAUCCUAAACUACAGUGUUCGAUUUGUGGCAAAGCUUGUGUUGGUGAAUCAGGUUUGAAAAUGCACAUGACAAUUCAUGAUGACACAAAGGUGAUCAAGAAUUGGAAAUGUGAUUUAUGUGAAGAAGGGCUUUCUUUCGCAAAAAAGGCUGAUCUUGUUCUUCACUACAAGAAUAAUCAUGAUUGCGAUUUACCAACUCAUCUUUUAGAACCUGAGAGUGCGUUAAAUGCUACAAUUACAAGCGAGCCAAGUACGAGUAUACCUUCAAAAGGACAAAGAAAGAAGCGGCAAACUAAUGAAUUGAAUGCGAUCGAGACUGAGGAGGCAUUAAAGAAUCAUAUAGAUUCGGGUAAAUCAGUAAUAUCGUUACUGUUGAACAGCAUCGGCAGGAAGUUUAAAUGCCCAUAUUUAGGGUGCAGCAGAACAUUUAAAAGUGAAGAAAGAUACGAAAAGCACAUUGACAAACACAAAAUUCAUGAGUUGAAGUUGAAGUUAUUGAAAGAACGGCAUGUGUCUGAGGUCACGCCUGAGGAGCAGGACUCGUCAGCUGAGCAUUUGAAGGAUGGACGCACCAACGUACCUGGAACAGAAGUACUUUAA